UCAAUUACAAGUGUCAAUUGUCAAUUGACAAUAAAAUUGACAGAAAGUUUCUCAAUAACAUUUAUUGCUAUUGUAUAGCAAGCUGAUAGGUAGAGUAAGAGCAUAUUCGAUGUAGGUACACUAUAAAUCGAAUAGAAGAAAAGAAAUAUAUUCCUUUGGACAAAUAUAUAACAGUAGUGUUUAUAAAUAUUCUUCCUGCAACCAUGUGCUAUGUCAUAGUUACUGGACGCAGUUUAGCAUGGCUUCUUCUCAGUUUGGUCGCGUUUAUGUUUAUUUUGGUUGGUAUUAUGACGCCUAAAUGGCUUACUGGCCAGCCCCAAGUUAUCAAUGAAAACAAUGCCACGAGUUUCUUCGUGCCUAGCGUCGGUAUUUAUAGUAGGUGUAGAUGGAUGUCUCACAACCAUGACAACUGUGGUUCGUUUUCCUUUGACGGUCUAGCCACCGACUCUUCUAUAUAUCCUGGUCCGUGGAAGGCGGCAAUGUUCUUCCUGUCACUUUGUGCCGCUAUACAGUUUGCAACAGUAUUGGCUGGUGUGAUGGCAUGUUGCGUACAAUCUGUGUUCAAGAAAAGCGUCAUAUCUCUAGCGGGAGCCACACAAGCGCUAGGAGGGUUAUUUGGUGUGUUGGGUCUGCUUCUUUACCCGUGGGGUUGGGGAGCCCCGCGCGUGAAGAACCUGUGUGGAGAAAACUCCGAGCCAUACAUUCCUGGGGAUUGUUCGAUUGGUUGGGCCAUGUUCGUAACAGCGACCGGAGUGGCGCAGAUAUUCUUGGCGUGCGCUCUAUCGAAGACAGCCGACAAGGCGGCCAAUUCGGACAAGGUACAGUUCCAGAUGGACGAAGGCAAGCAGCUUAUAUGCUUGGCUUGAUUGCAAUAUUGUUGUAUUGAUGGAUCUUAGAAUAAGUUGAGACUGACAAUAUCCAGGUAAAUAUAUUAAGGAGAAGAAAAUGAUAGGUUAUGAAAGCAUGAGUUUUGAAAAAGAUAUGGUCAUUUUCAGCCGACUUAGAAUAAUAGAAGUUUUAUUUAUUGAAGGAAAAUAUAAAACAUUUUUUCUUUAAAAAUGGGUUGACACUAUGGGCUGUUCAAAUUUAUGUCAAAUCGUAAGCAUUGAAAUUGUAAUUUUUCCCUAAUAUAGAUUUUUAUUGGAAUCAAGUGGUAUUUUCCAAAAUGGAGCAGUGGCAUGUAGGAAAAUGGCCGUAUCCUUUUAAAAGCUAAAAUUAAAUCAGUCUCAAUUAUAACGCACAAACCACCUUAAUACAAAUGGAAUUGUAACGCAAAAAUUAGUUACUUGUAUACGAAGAUUAUUUUUUUAUUAGCAUAUGUUCAUUCCCGUUUGUUCUACAUAUGCUUAACGGUAUAUAAUGUACUCCUAGUUAUUAAGAAAUAACAAUAUGAAAAAUUAGGAUACCUCACUAGAUUGUUCAAUUUUCCAAGUCAAAUUUUGUUUGGUCCUGAAUAAAUUUUUGAUUAUAAUAUCUAUAAAAUUAUGCAGUAUGUAAGCUUAGUUAAAGGGCUGGUUAACAACCGUUUUCAAUAAACGAUCCCAAUCUCAAUCUUUAAUCCGAUUCCGAGAAUUAACCAAUCAAAAUAAGUCAUCUGUGAACAUGUCAGAAAAGCUUUGCUCUGGUUGGUCCAUUAUUGAGAUAGAUCGAAAAAAGCGAUUGGGAUCAUAUCAUGUUUAUAUACAUUGUAUCUCGUAAGAUUAAAAGUAAUAGUUGGAUAAACAUUUGGAAAGUUGGACGAUUGUGUGGUUAAACCAGUGACUUAACUCAAAAGUAAAAUGGGACCUGUAUUUUAAUAUUUUAACUUGUAACAUGCUCAUUUUUUUAUUCACCACGGCUUUUGCCCAUUCACCAUUAGUAAAGCUAGUUUCAUAUCAUAUUUAAGCGAGGUUUAGAUUAGCAAGAAAACUUGCUGAAGUCGACUUCAGCAAUAUUUUCACUUGCGGCAACUUGCAUGUGUAGAACUAUCGAAAUAUUGCCCCUAGUGUAGUCAUUUCGAAGUUCUUGGUAAAUAUAUUGGUGCAAGGACUUGUUAAACUAAACUAGGCACUACAGACUGAGAAAUAAAUACGACUGAAUAAAUUUAUAUAUAACAUGACAAAAUAAAAUAGGCAAAUAUGACUUAAAACUGAGUAAAACUCGAGAAUAAAGGGGAUUGAAAUUAAUAUCGAUAAUAUUCUCAGAUUAACUGCAGAUUUUCAAAAAUGAUCCCUAUUUUUUUUGGAUCGAUCUCGAAAUUUACUAAUCAAGAUUUUUUGAAAUACACAAAUAACUUAUUUUGAUUGUUCUUUUUCGGGUUCGGUUCGAAGUUUAAGGUUGAGAUCGUUUAUUGAAAUCUGCCGAAAUCUAUUACAGAUAGUUAAUGAAAAUGUAAAUUUAUGUUACGAGUGAAGUUGCAUUAUCCAGAGUUCAUUCAUAACUAUAAUACGAGUAUCUUUGUUUAUGUCGUAUGAUAGAACAGUUGCCAAUGUACUUAUAUACUAUAUUAUAUUAUCUUAAAUAUCCUGAGAGCGGUAGGUACCUAAAAAAACAUUUUUUAAAUCAUUUUUUUUUACAUAAUGUCGAUUUUCCUGAAACCCUAAAUUGAGGCUUUAGGGCUCAGAGGGACUGGGGAAGGGUAAAUGUGUUAGUUGUGAAACUAUCUGUCAUACUUUACAUGUUCCAAUAUGCUCAGUUAUCGACAUUGGUAGAAUUAUUGAUAAAGCGUGGGCGCCACAUAUCUAUAUAUAUAUAUAAAUGAAUCUCUAUUUCCCUUGGUCACGUCAUCACGCGUGAACGGCUGGACGGAUUUCCCUAUUUUUUUUUGGGUUUGUUGUCAGGCGAAGGUUCUUAUGAAAGAAAAAAUAAAAAAAAUUGCGCGGAAAAUUAGAAAAUUUAAGAAAACUUAACGAAAAUAUUAAUUUUAUAUAACUGUCAAUUGUUAGAAAUCACUGUCAGCGAUUGACAGAAUGCGCGCUGCAAAUUCAUAGUUAAGACGGGACAACGUCUGUCGGGUUAGCUAGUACAGUGAAAUAAUACCUAAAGAUAUAUUACAAGAAUACUCAAUCAUGGUUCUAUAUUUUAAGUAUUUAUUAAAGUUUUUAGAAGUAAUGUAUUAUUAGAUUGUAUUUAAGGUUUUAUGUUUUGUAUUAUCGCCCAGUGCCAUAGUAAUAUUUGGCUUUAAUUUACUUUCGGCAUAAUUAUGGAUUAUUUUUAUAAUCAAAUGUCAAAAAUAGAUUUGGAUGAAUUUUGUAGUUAUAGUACAUGGUUGUAAUACAUCGAGCUAGAAAAAUGCUAUCUCGGCAGUAAAUUAUUUGGAUUUAUUAGUAAAUUACAAAAAUACUCAUUAUUUUCAAUUGCGACUUAUACAUACUUAAAAAAAAAUGCGUGAUGAUGUGUGUGUGUGCGACUUAUACAAAAGAAAUAGAGUUCAUCCAAAUCGAUUCAGCAAAAUUUAUCAGUAUUAUUUUUAUUUGUAUCAUUGAAUCUUUUCUUAUGCAUAAUUGGUUGUUUUUUUCUGCUUAUUGGCUUUUUUUUUAAGAGAUAUAUAUUGUUUUAUAUCACGUUUUAACUUAGUAAUAUGUAAAGGAUGUCGCAUGCUCAUUCCUUUCUGUCAAAGUAUACAAUCAAAUCCUUAUGCACAUGUUUAUAAAAACUGUUGUAUUUACAGAUUAGUGUGCGUGAAACAGGCUAGUAUUCAAGAUUUAUUUAUGUGUGCCUAAAUAAAAUAAAAAAAACACAUCGAAUUAAUAGCCUCCUUUUUUUGGAGUCGGUUAAAACAGCAUGUGUGUUACUUUUUCUAAUUAGUAGUUACAUGGAGAGUGUCAAUUUUUCUUUACGACAACAAGCACAUUGCGCCUCAUUUCUAGAUUGUUUAAAUGUUCUAAGCUCAAAA